UUCCUACGUCCUCUUCUACGUCUUUACUUUUUCAUCCUUCAGGUUUGUCUGGAUUUUUCUUUGCCUUUUCUUUUCCUUCUUUUUUUUUUAAACAUACGUACGAACACAUGCGACAGCCUUCUACUUCUCACACUUUUUUUCUUUUUCCUGAAACCUCACACACAGACACUCACAGGGAAACUGACUCACUCUUGGCUGGUUAUUGUUUUCAACCUUUUUCUCUGGAUCUUGCCCAGAUCUCUGCACCCUGAUCCCUGCAUCCUGACAUCUCCAUUGCGAUUGUUUCUCUCCUGGUACCUGAAGCUAUCCAGACACAACCACUUCUCCAUCUCUUUUCGCCAGACAAGAUUAUUUCCAGAUAUCUUCAUCCUCACCUCUUCCACCUAGCCUGUAAGCCGCUCAAUCUCCCCUCUGCUGGUCCUUUAAGCACCCAAACAACAGCCGCUUCAUGCCCUCUUCAUCUCACUCUUAGAAACAAGAGACACAUCCCACCCCCUCCACCUCUCUUUCUCCACCUCAAUAUCUCCACUUCUCCGCCUCUCCACUGGUCACCUGAGCCCUCUCCACGAUGAAUUGGGGGGCGUUAAAUUCCCUCCUCACAGGAGUGAACAAGUACUCCACAGUUUUUGGCCGCGUCUGGCUCUCCAUGGUCUUCCUGUUUCGCGUCCUCGUCUUUACCGUGGCUGCGCAGCGCGUGUGGGGCGACGAGAACAAGGACUUUGUCUGCAACACUGCCCAGCCUGGCUGCCCCAACGUCUGCUAUGACUUCUUCUUCCCCAUCUCUCACAUCCGCCUCUGGGCCCUGCAACUCAUCUUUGUCACUUGCCCCUCGCUGCUGGUAGUCGGACACGUCAAGUGGAGGGAGCAGAAGGACCUCAGAUACACCACCAGUCAUGAUGGCCAUCACUUGUAUGCCAAUCCCGGUAAGAAGCGAGGGGGUCUAUGGUGGACCUAUCUGCUCAGCCUGAUCCUGAAGGCCGGCUGUGACGUGGGAUUCCUCUACAUCCUGUACCAUAUCUACGAGGGCUACGACAUGCCCAAGCUCACCAAGUGCCAACUGGCACCAUGCCCCAAUGUGGUGGACUGCUAUAUCUCCAGGCCGACGGAGAAGAAGAUCUUCACCCUGUUCAUGGUGGUGUCUGCCUGCGUGUGUGUGGUGAUGUGCCUGAUAGAGAUGGCCUACCUGGUGGGCCAUAGGAUCCACAAGGAGAUCACGCGCCACAAGAAGAACCGCCAGCAGCUCUUCGCAGACAGCCACGAGCUCGGGACGCUGGCCCCACCCAGAACCUCUCGGUACCAGAACCAUAACCCCGACCAGAACCAGGAGAAGUGGGUCGACCCCACGCUCUCCAGGCAGGUGUCUAGAGCACCGUCCAGGGCUGCGUCCAGGACAUCGAUCCAUAACCUGGCCAAUAGCAAGAAGGAGGAAGCAGCGGCGGCAGCAGCGGCUGCCAAGGAGAAGGAAGCAGCAAUGUGCUGAUAUAUGCAUACGUAUAUUCACACACAUAUUCACACAUAUUCACACACACACACACACACACACACACACACACACACACACACACACACACACACACACACACACACACACACACACACACACACACACACACACACACACACACACACACAAACACACACACACACACACACACACACACACACACACACACACACACACACACUCACACACACACACACACACCGUCUACUGGCUUAAAGCCAUCGUUUUGAAACACACACCCACACACACACAAUUCUGGAAUUCCGUCUGCACUCUUAGCUGCUUCUGGAAUCUCAGGUGGACCAACCUGCUUUUGAACAUGUUUUCUCUCUUUGCAUGCGCUCUCAAUUUGUUCAGCAAAACAAGCACUCAAAAAGUCACAACAAAAAAGGAGGAAGUUGUGACAGACCAGUGAUUCUUGCCCGGAAAUGGCAUAGAUUUUCUGACAUUUGUCUGACAUAAAUACAUUCAUAAGAAACUUAAAGGUCAACACAUGUUGUGCAUUUUGUCUGUGUUGUGUUUGAAUCGGCUUUUGGUAUCUAAGGAUGGGUAUUUACAGGUGACUGUUUGCUUUUUCCUUCUUCCGUCUUAACAAUGCACUUUAAUUGUUAAUUGUUUAGGGAAGGGGGAAAUGGGCAUUGUUAGUGUGAAUGUGUGUGUGUGUGUGUGUGUGUGUGUGUGUGUGUGUGUGUGUGUGUGUGUGUGUGUGUGUGUGUGUGUGUGUGUGUGUGUGUGUGUGUGUGUGUGUGUGUGUGUGUGUGUGUGUGUGUGUGUGUUGUCAUUAUCUACAUAAAUUACUCCUGGCAAGCACCCAGACCUAAUAGUUCAGUGGCAGUGAUAAAUGAAGAAAGAUGUCUCGAUGCUCUCAACAAGGCGAAGAUGGACCUUGAAGGAAACCUUUUCACAAAGGCUUCUAUAUAUUUUCAUGUGUAAAGUUGAAAGAGAUUUUUGUACAGUCUAAAAAAGUUUGAAAAAAGUUCACUUGAGUUGUUUAGUGAAUGUGCUUCAUGCAAACCUCUGACGCGGGUGAAAAAGAACAAUCUGUAAGAAUGAUGAAAUGCUAAUUUUAGGCCUACACAAUUUUGUGCUUUUAUUUAUUUUUUCUGUGUGUAUGUAUAUUUUGAGAUUAUGAAGUGUUAUAUGCUUUAUUUUAUGAAGAAUAAUACUGCCACCAAAAGACCAAAAAGCAUAUGCACAAACACACGCAUGCACGCACACACACACACACACACACAUACACACACACACCACCACCACCACCAACAACAACGACAACAACAAAAAAACGUAGUGAACACUUUAGUACACACCUUUCUGUGUCAUUGCUUAACAAUACCCUUCCUUUUGUUCCCAUUGUUGUUGUGUUGCAUGUCUUUAAAAUGAUUGUUAUUAAAUCUGUUACAAAGACUUAUUUGUAUUUUUCGUAAUUAAACAUUUA